CCAUACACAGGAGACAUGGCAGAUCAUCUGAUGAUGCCCAUGAAUCACAGCUCAGCAGGUGCCGGUCUCCACGGUUACAGGAUGGGCAUGAAUGGUAGCCUGCAGGCGGGUCACCAGCAGCAUGCCAGCCAGCAGGGCAUGAGGGCGCACCCCAACGGCCAGAUGAUGCACUAUGGAGGCAACCAGGCCAGCAUGGAGGCCGCCAUGAGGCAGCGGCAGGGCAUGGUAGGCGGGCCCAUGAAUGGACAGCUCAACGGGACCCAGAUAGGUCACCACCAGAUGACCUCUAGUAACAUGAUGUACAAUGGACAGCAGCAGCAACACCAUCACCCUCAACAGCAACAGCAUCACAUGCACCCACAGCAGCAUCAGCAGCAUCAGCAGCAGGCACCGCAUCCCCAGCAGCAGCAACAGCAACAACAGUUCAUGAAUGGAGGGUUAACGUCUCAGCAGCUCAUGGCCAGCAUGCAGCUGCAGAAGCUAAACACCCAGUACCAUGGACACCCACUGGGACCUAUGGGUGGGAACCACAUGGGGCCUACAAACCAGUACCGCAUGAAUCCCGCUCAACUGGCUAGCAUGCAGCACAUGGCUGGGCCCACGCUGGCCCUGAACGGAAUGGACGCAGAUAUGAUUGACGAGGAUGUCCUGACAUCAUUAGUCAUGGAACUGGGCUUGGACCGGGUCCAGGAGCUACCAGAACUCUUUCUGGGCCAGAAUGAGUUUGAUUUUAUCUCAGACUUUGUGAGCAAGCAGCAACCCAGCACUGUUAGCUGCUGAAAAGAGGUUUGUUUACAACAGGCCACAUUUGGAAAGAGGCAGUUUGUUAGGUUUUGAUUUCAUGAGCAUGGACCGGUACAACUAAACUGAAGUUGCAGUGCUGUUUGUGCUGAAGAGAACUCUGGAUAUCCACAGUUCGUGUUUAGUUGGAGACUGUUCCUCAUCCUGGACAUGAAUGUAACAAAGAAAUUCUUAAAAGCCACUGAACAAUACUAUGACACUAUGUAGCCUCCAAGUCUGGACUUUGUGACAGUUUACCAGUAAAAAAGGUGUAUUUAUUUAUUCCUAUCUGAGAAAACUGAUAUACAGAAGGGCCACCUUCUCUGUUUUGGGAUCCAAUUGGUUUUCAUGGUCUUUUCUUGAAAGCAAGUUAGGGGAGGAUUAUGAAAAUGUAGGUUCUCUGCUCAUGAACUUUCCUAUUCUGUUUGGCUUAAUAUUAAAAUUAGCUCGUUAAAGAAAGCAAUGCUCAUUUUCUGUUUAAUCACAAAAGUGAUACAGCGGAUCAUUAGAAUGGUGAAAUGCACACUUUUAAGAAGUAUGGUUAACUUUAGGUAAAAUGCAUCCUUUUUAAGAUGUGAUGUUCUCAAAACAAAAUCUACUGCUUGUACUGUAUGAAGCUGUAUAACUCCAACAUGUCCACACUGUUUGUGUUCUAUUGGAGAUGUAGAACCGCCUUAAUCAUACAUAUUUUUAUUUAUUGGUUGUUUAUAUUGUUCCCAUUUUUUUUGGGUGGUCUUUGUGAAAGGGGGUUAAGACGAUCAAUAAAAAUGGCCUGGAUUGAA